GCCGUCUCCAAAUUAGGGUUUUAGCUUCCCCAUUCCCCUCUCUCUCUCUCUCUCUCUCUCAAACCCUAGCUCCGGCGAUGAACUUCCGCUUCCAGAAUCUUCUCGGCGCUCCGUAUCGCGGCGGAAACGUGGUGGUCGCCGAGGACGCGACCUUACUGUCACCGGUCGGUAACCGCGUCUCCUCCACCGACCUCCUCAAAUCCCAAACCCUAACCCUGCCCAUCGAAUCCGCCUCAAACAUCUCCCGCAUCGCCAUCUCUCCGGACGGCGUAUUCCUCCUCGCCGGCCGCCGCGCCGUCCUCCACCGCAUCACCUUCAAAAACCCCGCCACCGCCGUCGAGUUCAGCCCUAAUGGAGCCCUAAUCGCCGUGGGCGUUGGUAAGCUUGUUCAGAUUUGGAGGUCACCGGGCUUUAAGAAAGAGUUCUUUUCGUUUCAGUUGGAGAGGACGUUUCCUGAUUGUGCGGCGACAGUCACUUCGUUGAAUUGGAGUCCCGAUUCGAAGUAUUUGCUCGCUGGAUCCAAGGAUUUGACGGUGAGGUUGUUUUCUUUGGAUAAAUCGAAGGAGGGGAGAAGGCCGUUCGUAUUUUCGGGGCACAGAGAGGCGAUUGUGGGUGCAUUCUUCUCUCUUGAUAAGAAGAGUGGCAAAGUUGUCAGGGUUUACUCAGUUUCGAGAGAUGGAGCUAUUUUUACAUGGAAUUUGGAUCAAAGUUCUGAUUUUGAUGAGCCUCUAUCUCCGGGUACGCCAGAACAAGGUGCCUCUAUUGAUGAUUUAGAUAAUUUUAGCAGAAAAAGGAAGAAUUUGGAGGAGAGUGAAAUUCUACUGAAUAAAAGGAAGUGGGAAUUGGCUAAGAAGGACUUGUUCAUGCAAGCACCAGCGAGGUUGACUGCUUGUGAUUAUCACAACGAACUUGAUAUGGUGGUUGUUGCAUUCUCUAAUGGGGUUUUCGGAUUGUAUCAGAUGCCUGAUUUUGUGUGCAUUCACUUGCUUUCAAUAUCUAGGGAGAAGAUAACUACUGCUGUUUUUAAUAGGUUGGGGAAUUGGUUGACGUUUGGGUGUGCAAAACUUGGGCAGUUGCUUGUUUGGGAGUGGAGAUCAGAGAGUUAUAUCCUUAAGCAGCAGGGGCAUUAUUUUGAUGUAAAUUGUGUGUCAUAUUCUCCGGACUCACAGAUGUUGGCUACUGGAGCGGACGAUAAUAAAGUCAAGGUCUGGACAGUUUCAUCAGGCUUUUGUUUUGUAACAUUCUCUGAGCAUACUAAUGCUGUCACUGCAGUCCACUUCAUGGCUAAUAACCAUUGUCUUCUGAGUGCCUCACUGGAUGGAACGGUUCGAGCAUGGGAUUUGUUUCGUUACCGGAAUUUUAGAACAUUUACUACUCCUACACCCAGGCAGUUUGUUGCAUUGGCUUCAGACCAGAGUGGUGAAAUAAUUUGUGCUGGGACACUGGAUUCUUUUGAGAUUUUUGUUUGGUCAAUGAAGACUGGCCGUCUAUUAGAUAUUCUUAGCGGUCAUGAAGGACCAGUUCAUGGUUUGAUGUUUUCGCCUACAAAUGCUAUUCUAGCUUCAUCAUCAUGGGACAAAACUGUUAGGUUGUGGGAUGUUUUUGAGGGGAAAGGUGCAGUGGAGACCUUUCCGCAUACACAUGAUGUACUCACAGUGGUGUAUCGUCCGGAUGGAAAGCAGCUAGCUUGCAGUACACUAGAUGGUCAAAUUCACUUUUGGGAUCCUAUAGAUGGUGUAGUAAUGUACACAAUUGAGGGUCGUAGGGAUAUUGCAGGAGGACGACUCAUGACAGAUAGAAGGUCAGCAGCCAAUUCCAGUUCAGGCAAAUAUUUUACAACUCUGUGCUACUCUGCUGAUGGGAGCUAUAUUUUAGCUGGAGGAAGCAGUAAAUACAUAUGCAUGUAUGACAUUGCAGACCAGGUCUUGCUCCGCAGAUUUCAAAUUACACGAAAUCUCUCUUUGGAUGGAGUUCUCGACUUUCUGAAUUCUAAGAAUAUGACAGAUGCUGGUCCACUGGAUUUAAUUGAUGAUGAAGAUAGUGAUGGCGAAGAAGGUAUCACUAAGCAAACAAGAGAUACAUUGGGAUAUGAUCUACCUGGGUCGAAACCCAACCGUGGGCGUCCAGUUGUACGCACGAAGUGCUUGAAGAUUGCGCCUACUGGAAGAUCUUGGGCUGCGGCUACUACUGAAGGAGUUCUAACAUACUCUGUAGAUGAAUCCUUUGUGUUUGAUCCUACCGAUCUUGACAUUGAUGUUACACCGGAGGCAGUUGAAGUGGCUCUUUCCGAGGGCCAAAAGCAGAGAGCAUUAAUCCUCAGCCUUCGCCUAAAUGAGGACUCUUUAAUCAAAAAAUGUAUAUUUUCCGUAAAUCCCUCAGAUAUACCGGUGGUAGCUUCAUCCAUACCCUUCAAAUAUUUGCAGAGGUUAAUGGAGGCAUUUGCUGAUCUCUUAGAAAGCUGCCCACAUCUGGAAUUUAGCCUUCAGUGGUGUCAGGAGCUUUGUAAAACUCAUGGGCAUUUCAUUCAACAAAAUUCCAGAAGUCUUCUACCGGCUCUAAGAUCCCUGCAGAAAGCAAUUACAAAAUUGCACCAAGACAUGACAGAUAUUUGUUCAUCUAAUGAAUAUUUGCUUCAGUAUCUGUGCGCAACAGGAACCAAAAUCUGAUGGAAAUUUCACCAUAGAUCAGCAAUGAGAUGCUAACUGAGUAUGUACUUCAAAUUCCGUUCCUUCUCUUACAAGAUCCAGAUUCCCAAUAUGAUUCCUACAACCAGUGUGAGGACAUCUUAUGCAGCUUCCAUAUGUAGUUCUUUACAACUUGUGCAAUCAUUACAGGAUCCGGCAUGCUGGCUAAUGAAUUGACGAGCUUUGGAUGUGCUAGGCCAGUGAAAAAGAGAGAGGAAAUGCGUUACAUUGAUUCCGUCCAUGACGGUAUGCUAGUCUUAUUUUGUAAUACCAGCUUGAUUCUUUGCGUUGGAUGCUUCAAGUUAACCAUCAUCCUUUCAUAUCCUAACAUGCUGCUAUGGUAUCUAUGUGGUACGUGGUUCCGAGCACCGAGUCUAGCCUAUGGAUCGUAUUCCUUUUGCUUAGCACAAUUCGCAGAAUGUGUAUGUUUAUUAAGUAUCUGACUCAACCUCUAUCUUUAUAUUCUGUUUGAAAUUUCUACUCUGUUCUGCAUUUAUACGUUCCGUGGAAGGAGCAACGUCGUGUUUGUAGUCUGUGAGUGUAAUAUAAUAAUUAUUAUAUAUAUAUUUU